AUGAGGAUCCUGCUGGAAGAAAGGCUGAGCGACGCUCUGGCACCCGAAGCCUCCGCCGCGGCGUCGGUGGCCAUGGCGCAGACUUCGGCAGGGGAGGCAGGCCGAUAUUAUUCACAGAAAUCAAUCGAAACGCUGGUGGUGGUGCUGGCGGUGAUCACCAUCGUCGCGGUGUUCGCCGGGAUGGUGGCGCGCCUCUGCGGGGGGAGGCAUUUGAGCAGCCGCGAGCACGACGUUGAAGGAUGGGUCGAGAGGAAGUGCCGGAGCUGCAUCGACGGCGGCGUCACCGCCGUCCCUCCACCCGCUCCGGCGCCGCCUGCGGCGGCGGAGGAACCCGCCAAACCCGCACCGGAAGCGAAACCAGCUGCGGAAGAGUCAAAGAAGUGA